AUGUGGUUUGAAUGGCCCCUCACCCCAGUUCUGAAUGGCCAAGGACAUGAAGCCAUUGUGACCGAAUGCUCUGAGCCGCAAUUCGAUCCUUCGAAAGUGUUGCAACAGAUCUCGACACUUGCCGCAAAAUCCGUCCACGAUGGUCGUCGCAUGUGCGAGCCUCUGUAUCUCGAUUUUGAUUCUCUGAUGGUCGAUCUCAUCCUUCUCAACCUCUUGAACAAGAUCUGA